AAGACUUAUCCUUUAAUUUGAUGAUUAUCUAUCAAGACCAAGGCACGUGGCUUGUUGCCACACCAUCACGUAGCUUGGUGAUGAAUCCACCACCGACUUAUCUUAUUAUUAUUGUAUGUGUUUCUUCUUGCUAUAAAUAGCCCCCUAACCUCAUUUGUAAGGUACAUACGAAAGUGAUCAGAAUAAAAAGGUUAAUUCUCUAUCUCUCUAUCGAUCAACUUAUACAUAUAAAUAAGAAGAACAAAAUCAGUAUCUCGCUUUAUUCACAACACGUUAUCAGCACGACGAGCUCUCUUAUACCGACCGUUCUUAGACCAAACAAGCGAGUAAAUCAUGUCGAAUUUGACAAAGCUCGAAAUUAAUGCCCUGGAUAUUACGGGAAAUAAUUAUAUGACCUGGGCAGUAGGUGCAAGAAUGCACCUAAGAGGUAGCGGGCUUUUGGAAAUCAUCGAUAAUACUAAAACGGUGUCGGAUGAGAAAAAGGCUAAAGCCAUGAUAUUUUUACGACACCACAUACAUGAUGGUUUAAAAGAUGAAUAUAUUACGAAAGAGGAUCCUGGAGACCUCUGGCAAUCUCUUAAAGAGAGGUUUGAUCACCAGAAGUAUGUGAUCUUACCAAAAGCCAAACACGAGUGGAUCCAUCUCCGGUUCCAGGACUACAAAAGUGUAAGUGAGUUUAAUUCCGCUAUGUUCGGAAUUACUUCAAGGAUGAUGUUAUGUGGAGAGAAAAUAAGUGAUUAUGAUAUGAUCGAGAAAAAUAAAGAAGUGGACAUCGAAUAUGUACGGUCAUGCGACAAUCCGGCCGACUUGUUCACCAAAGCUCUUCCGACUACAACAUUCCGAAAGCACGUUAAUGGUAUCGGGAUGCGGCGUUUGCGUGACCUAUGAGGAAAGAGCUAUGUCCAUUAUUUUCAGGGGAGAUUACGUCAGUGUACUCUUUUUCCCUUCUCAUGGUUUUUAUCCCAUUGGGUUUUUCCAUGACUAGGUUUUUAACGAGACACUACGUAAUACAAGAUAGAUAAUCAAGGGGGAGUGUUAAGGAUAAGACUUAUCCUUUAAUUUGAUGAUUAUCUAUCAAGACCAAGGCACGUGGCUUGUUGCCACACCAUCACGUAGCUUGGUGAUGAAUCCACCACCGACUUAUCUUAUUAUUAUUGUAUGUGUUUCUUCUUGCUAUAAAUAGCCCCCUAACCUCAUUUGUAAGGUACAUACGAAAGUGAUCAGAAUAAAAAGGUUAAUUCUCUAUCUCUCUAUCGAUCAACUUAUACAUAUAAAUAAGAAGAACAAAAUCAGUAUCUCGCUUUAUUCACAACAAGAUAAAAUAAAGAACAACCAGAUAAGUAACAAUUCACACAUCAUUUAAAAUCAAACUGUACAAUACUAAAAAGUAAAUGUUUUAACGCAAAACUUGAAUAAUACAAAAAAAUGUGCGAAUUGGAUACUAGUCACCAGUAACAAAAUUUAAAAUGAAGAUAAAAGAUGAUGACAAAAAAAAAAUUGAAGAUAAAAGAUCUAUUUUUUUUUGAUCAAAAAAAUUUCUAAAUAUUAGUUGGUUUCUCUUAAAAGCAAAAAACAUAUUAAUAAAAUAUUGUGUGGUAGAAAUACCAACUCGUGUUCUUGCACAGUGUAGUUGGUCUAACGAGUGGUUGAGGUGUUAUAUAACAAAAAUUAUUUCGUUGUAUAUAAUAGAGAUCCAUUUGUCCAUCUUCGUUAUACAAUUUACAAACUACAAAAAGAUAAAAGUGAUAAUAAAAACAAUAAAAAGAAUGAAGAAGCCACACGUUCUCGUGGUACCGUUUCCACAGUCCGGUCACAUGCUUCCACAUCUCGACCUUACUCAUCAGCUUCUCCUCCGUGGAGCCACAGUCACCGUCCUCGUCACACCUAAAAGCUCUCCUUAUCUCGAGCCCCUCCGUUCUCUUCACUCGCCGGAACAUUUCAAAACACUAAUCCUUCCUUUUCCUUCUCACCCUUCUAUUCCUCCAGGCGUCGAGACACUCCAGCAACUUCCUCUACAAGCUUUACCUCACAUGCUCGAAGCUCUCUUUGGUCUCCACGACCCUCUCGUUGACUUCCUGAACCGUCAGCCACCGUCGGAUCUUCCCGACGUUAUCCUCGGAGGCGCUUUUCUCAGCCCUUGGAUUAACAAAGUAGCUGACGCUUUCUCUUUAAAGGCUAUUUAUUUCUUACCCAUCAAUGCUCAUACGAUCUCCCUCCUAUGGAGUGAGGAAGAUAGAGGCUUCUUCGACGAGCUCGAGACUGCCACGACGGCAAGCUACGGUCUCGUCGUCAACACUUUCUACGAACUCGAGCCUGAGUUCGUAGAGUGUGUUAAAACCAAACACCUGACUCACCACCGCAUUUGGACCGUCGGACCGUUACUCGCCGUUAAAGCCGGCGCUGACCGCGGCGGACAGAGCUCCCUCCCGCCGGAGAAAGUCUUGGCUUGGUUGGAAACGUGCAGCGAGGAUAACUCAGUUGUUUACAUCGCUUUCGGUAGCCAGAUCCGACUGACGGUGGAGCAAACGGCGGCUCUUGCGGCGGCCUUGGAGACGAGCGGUGUGCGUUUCAUAUGGGCCGUGAGGGACGCAGCUAAGAAAGUAAACUCUGGAGAUAACUCCGGUGAUGAUGUUGAUGUGAUUCCGGAAGGGUUUGAGGAGAGAGUUAAGGACAAAGGUUUGGUAAUAAGAGGAUGGGCCCCACAAACGAUGAUUCUUGAGCAUAGAGCCGUUGGAUCGUAUCUGACCCAUUUGGGUUGGGGUUCGGCUCUAGAAGGAAUGGUCGGAGGAGUUGUUAUGCUUGCAUGGCCGAUGCAAGCAGACCAUUUCAAAAAUGCGAAGCUGCUCGUUGAUGACCUAGGAGUUGCGGUGCGAGUUGGAGAGAACAAAGAUUCGGUUCCGGACUCGGGAAAACUCGCUGGGGUUUUAGCAGAUUCAGUGAAAGAUGAUUUUCCGGAGAGGGUUAGGUUGAUGAAGCUCAGGGAGAAAGGUAUGGAGGCCAUUAAAGAAGGUGGAAGCUCGUACAACUGCUUGGACGAUCUUGUUGCAGAGAUGUGUGUGUGAUAUUCUGUUACUUUUUUAAAAAAAUUACGGACAAAUAAGCUAGUGUAAUAAAACUGUUGUUUUUUUCCAGUUAUUUAUUUUAAGAAGUGUUUCUCUUAACAGAAGAGUAAACAUAUGGGGUAAGAAAUAUGUUCUUGUAUUUUCCAAUUAAUUAUUUAAUUUUUUUUCUGUUGACGAUUAA